AGCGCCGAUGCGGCCGAGCGAUUGGCCGCGCCUGGCAGGAGCCGCACCUCGGGCAGCGGCAGCAGCGGGGUCCGUGGCAGGAAGCGGCGGGGACGGAGCGGGGCCCCGGGACGGACCCAGCCGCCGGACAGCGCCGAGCUACGGCGGCCUCACGGCCCCUGGGGCUAGGAAAACCGAGUGCACAGAACUUGGGGAGACAACAGGAGAACACGUAUAAAGAUGCUGCUGAAAUGUGUCUGAGCCAUAGAUUGUGGUUUGUGCCACAGUUAAACAGGUGCUGUGUUAUCUGCAAACUACUUUGUCAAUGAGGGAAGAAACUGAUUGGGAAUUUAAAGCGCGAACUAGGUCAUAAUACUGUUCAACAUGCCCAAAGGGGUGCCGAAGGACCCAGAGAUAGCUGACCUGUUCUACAAAGAUGAUCCUGAGGAAAUAUUUGUGGGUUUACAUGAAAUUGGACAUGGAAGUUUUGGAGCAGUUUACUUUGCCACACAUUCCCACAGUAAUGAAGUGGUGGCGGUCAAGAAAAUGUCCUACAGUGGGAAGCAAACAAACGAGAAAUGGCAGGAUAUCAUCAAGGAAGUCAAGUUCCUACGGCAGCUGAAGCACCCCAACACCAUAGAGUACAAGGGCUGUUACUUGAAAGAGCACACUGCCUGGUUGGUGAUGGAAUACUGCUUAGGGUCGGCUUCUGAUUUACUAGAAGUUCACAAGAAACCACUUCAGGAAGUGGAGAUUGCUGCCAUUACCCAUGGUGCCUUGCAGGGGCUGGCCUACCUGCAUUCUCAUGCUAAGAUUCAUAGGGAUAUUAAAGCUGGAAAUAUUCUCCUAACGGAACCGGGUCAGGUGAAACUAGCUGAUUUUGGGUCUGCGUCUAUAGUCUCUCCUGCCAACUCCUUUGUGGGGACCCCUUACUGGAUGGCCCCAGAGGUGAUCUUGGCUAUGGACGAAGGACAGUACGAUGGGAAGGUGGACAUUUGGUCUCUUGGGAUCACGUGCAUUGAGUUAGCCGAACGGAAGCCUCCCCUUUUCAACAUGAAUGCAAUGAGUGCCUUAUAUCACAUAGCCCAGAAUGACUCCCCUACGUUACAGUCAAAUGAAUGGACGGACUCCUUUAGGGGAUUUGUUGAUUACUGCUUGCAGAAAAUACCUCAGGAAAGGCCAUCGUCAGCAGACCUGUUGCGGCAUGACUUUGUUCGCCGAGACCGGCCGCCCCGGGUCCUAAUUGACCUAAUACAAAGGACGAAAGAUGCUGUACGCGAGCUGGAUAACCUUCAGUACCGGAAAAUGAAGAAAAUCCUUUUCCAGGAGACGCGGAACGGGCCGCUGACGGAGUCUCUGGAGGAGGAGGAGGACAGUGAGCAUGGAUCAAACCUGAAUCGGAAGAUGGACAGUCUGGGCAGCAACCAUUCCAUCCCGAGCAUGUCUGUGAGCACGGGCAGUCAGAGCAGCAGUGUGAACAGCAUGCAGGAGGUCAUGGAUGAGAGCAGCCCUGAACUGGUCAUGAUGCAUAACGACGAGAGCACAAUUAAUUCCACGUCCUCUGUGGUGCACAAGAAGGAUCAUGUAUUUAUAAGGGAUGAGGUGGGCCACAGGGAGCACAGGCCUGAGCUGCGGCCUACCCAGUCAGUCCAGAAUCAGGCCCUCCACUACCGGAACCGAGAGCGCUUUGCCACAAUCAAAUCAGCAUCUUUGGUUACAAGACAGAUCCAUGAGCAUGAGCAGGAGAACGAGUUGCGGGAACAGAUGUCAGGUUAUAAGCGGAUGCGGCGCCAGCACCAGAAGCAGCUGAUCGCCCUGGAGAACAAGUUGAAGGCCGAGAUGGACGAGCACCGCCUCAAGCUGCAGAAGGAGGUGGAGACCCAUGCCAACAACUCGUCCAUUGAGCUGGAGAAGCUGGCCAAGAAGCAAGUGGCUAUCAUGGAGAAGGAGGCAAAGGUGACUGCAGCGGAUGAGAAGAAAUUCCAGCAACAAAUUUUGGCUCAGCAGAAGAAAGACCUGGCGACCUUUUUAGAAAGUCAGAAGAAGCAGUACAAGCUUUGCAAGGAAAAGAUUAAAGAGGAGAUGAAUGAGGACCACAGCACACCGAAAAAAGAGAAGCAAGAGCGAAUCUCCAAACACAAAGAGAAUCUGCAGCACACGCAGGCCGAAGAGGAGGCCCAUCUACUCAGCCAGCAGAGGCUCUUCUACGACAAAAACUGCCGCUUCUUCAGGCGAAAAACCAUGGUUAAGAGGCACGAGAUGGAGCAGCAGAACAUUCGGGAGGAAUUAAACAAAAAGCGGACCCAGAAAGAAAUGGAGCACGCCAUGCUGAUCCGGCACGAUGAGUCCACGCGCGAGCUGGAGUACAGGCAGCUGCAUACGCUGCAAAAGCUGCGGAUGGACCUCAUCCGUCUGCAGCACCAGACUGAGCUCGAGAACCAGCUGGAGUACAACAAGCGGCGGGAGAGGGAGCUGCACAGGAAACACUUCAUGGAACUCCGGCAGCAGCCAAAAAAUCUGAAGGCCAUGGAAAUGCAGAUCAAGAAGCAGUUCCAGGACACGUGCAAAGUGCAGACGAAGCAGUAUAAGGCGCUCAAGAAUCACCAGCUGGAAGUUACUCCAAAGAGCGAGCACAAAACGAUCCUGAAGAGUCUGAAAGACGAGCAGACGAGGAAGCUCGCCAUCCUGGCAGAGCAGUACGAGCAGAGCAUCAACGAGAUGAUGGCUUCACAAGCCCUACGGCUGGAUGAGGCUCAAGAAGCAGAAUGCCAAGCCCUGAGGCUGCAGCUCCAGCAGGAGAUGGAGCUGCUGAACGCAUACCAGAGCAAAAUCAAGAUGCAGACGGAAGCACAGCAUGAACGAGAGCUCCAGAAGCUGGAGCAGAGGGUGUCUCUGCGCAGGGCCCAUCUCGAACAAAAGAUUGAAGAGGAGCUGGCUGCCCUCCAGAAGGAACGCAGCGAGAGGAUAAAGUUUCUGUUGGAAAGGCAAGAGCGAGAGAUUGAAACGUUUGACAUGGAAAGUCUGCGACUGGGCUUUGGGAAUUCGGUCACAUUAGAUUAUCCCAAGGAGGACUAUAGAUGAGAUUAAAUUUCUUUUGCCAUUUUCAAAAAAGCAAACAAAAAAAAUUAUGAAAAACCAACAUUCCCCAUGUUAACGGGCGUGCUCUCUCUCUUUCUGUCUCUUACUGACGUUGUGUCGGACUAGUGCCUGUACGUUCUUACUUUGUCAGGGCCCCUUCCCCUGCGUCAAGUGCCAGUGCUGGACAGCUCCUGGCCGUCUCUUUUCAUAGUACGUCACAGUAUUGGUGUCUCAGUGCAAUGAUGACAAAUGUUUCAGUGAAAGCUUUGGAGACGAUUUUAACGAAUCAAACAAAAGUGGAUGUCUGUUGCUUUUGAGCAAUCACUCAUUUUACCACCAAUCAAUGAAAGUACAAGCAAAAAAAAAACCCCAACCCUAUAUAUGAAAACCCAGGGGGAGAGAGACGAAAUCCGCAGCCUUACCUUAACUAGCUGCUGCAUAAUUUUAUUUUAUUUUAAUUUUUUUUUUUUUUUUGGUAUUUAUUCAUCAGGAAUAA